CUUCGAGCUGGUACAGAUAUUGGCACAAAUACACGAGGAAUGCACGGUAAUGCAUGUUUCUGCGGAUCGCUAAUGAAUAUCUACAAUGAAUAACUACACCUAUAACAUCAGCUGUCCAUAUCCUUGCGAAGACUACGACUACGACUACGACGAAUUGGAGAUGACCGAAGAAUGGCAGACUAUUUUAACGUUAGCCUUUUCUUCAACAAUUAUACUAUCCAUUCUGGGAAACGUCGUCGUUAUAGUGGUUCUUCUCUGUGUGCGAUCAAACAAUUGCUUAAACGUGUAUCUCAUCAAUCUGGCUGUAGCUGAUCUGACCAUGGCUGUGUUUUCCAUGCCAUUUACUUUCAUAACUCUCAUGAACGGCCACUGGACAUUUGGCAAAGAGAUGUGUUCCAUCACUCUCUUCCUCAUGCAGGUGUCUGUGUGUGUUAGCAUCUAUACGCUGACUGCAAUAGGCAUCGAUCGAUAUUACGCAGUACUUCACCCAAUGCGACGACGUGCUUCGAAAAAGAGAAACCUGUGUAUUGUAUUGAUCAUUUGGAUAAUUUCAGCCAUGUCCGGAAGUGUUCAAAUUGCCAUGGCAAGAACAAAGCAAUAUAUUUGGGAUGGCGAAUUUUUCUACACCUGUGGCGAACAAUGGCCUAAUAAAACAUCAGCCGUCGCUUAUGAAAUCUUCGUUAUGUGUGGCACCUAUUUUGUCCCGUUACUGGCGAUGUGUUAUACUUACAUAAUGGUAGGUUACACACUCUGGUUUCGACAGAUACCGGGAAACGCCGACCAAGUGCGCGACUAUAAACACAUCAAGACAAAGCGUAAGGUUGUCGAGAUGUUAGUAGUGGUGCUUUUAAUGUUCGCAUUGUGUUGGAUGCCCCUACACGUGUUUAACAUCGUACAACGUGUACAUCGUGAUCUCAAGCAACAGGACAUAACACGACAGAUCAAUGCUGCCCUCAUAUGGAUUGCGAUGUCGAAUAGUUUUGUUAAUCCUGUUAUUUACUGCUUCAUGAAUGAUAGUUUCAGGAAUCACCUGAAGCUAAUAUGUCGUUGCGUGUGUAACAAGACAACUACUAACCAAGGUGAAUUCUUAGUAAUGAGACAUCAUUCACAUUCUUCGCCCAGAAGAGAGACACAAAGCACCGACUGUAAGACUGUCAGAGGAAAUACAGUGAAUGAAAACGAAAUUUAUGAAUGUGAAUAAAAUGUAGAAAGUUAA